ACACGAUUCCAACCCUGACCUUGGACCGGUGCCAGGGGUCAGUGUCCCGGUCCUGCUCUGCCGGCCGUCAGGCGCCUGCGAGCAGCUUUUCUGAUCGUGUCCGGGCCACGAGGAUGGGCAGCCGUGCGGUCCGGGCGCAGCUGUACAAGCACUUAGACGUGGAGAGGAAGGUGGCCAAACAGGCCGAGGCCAGGCUCGGCCAGCGUCUGCAGCAGCUGGAGGUGGCCCGCCUGCGUCGCCUGGCGCAGCUGGCCCGGGAGCAGAGGCAGCUCCAGGCACAGCGGCAGCGGCUGUGGGAAGCAGGUAUCGUCAGGAAAAAGCGCUCCUCUUAUUUCGGGAAUGGAAUUCAGAAGCGACCGGAAGCCGUCCGCGUGUCCCCGCCACAGGGAGCGUGGACGCACGGAGCCCCACAGGCUGGUGGUGUUAGAGCACCAGCAACCAAUAUGGCCCAAGAAACACACAAACCCGAGUCCCAGAUGCCUCCUUCCUGUCACACUGGCCUCAGGGACCCCACGGUAAGCAAAGAGCCAUCGCCACCUCAAAAUCGCAGCGCGUCCUAUUUCAGAAAAGACAGGCCACCAGCCCGAAAGGAAGAGGCUCCAAGGCCAGCAAAGGGCUGUCCCGCCGGCGCGGGCGUCUCUGCUCUGUGUCGGGGUCAAGGUCUCCCAGCCGGCACAGCAGACCCAGGCCCCGGGGCCGGCCCAUCGGGCGACGGUGACGAGGCCCGAUCGGGAGCUGCCGGCCUGCAGCCAGACCUCAGCGUGGGGGAGCGGGUGUCCCCGAGGCCUCCAGGAUGUGCAGGGACCCUCAAGGGCAAGUCCUCAGGGGCUACCUACCUGGAGCUGUGUGCAAAGGCUGGACGCGCCCACUACCUGCGGCACAGGUUGCCCCCCGAGUCGGAGAGGCUGCUCAGCAUUGGGGAGAUAUUUGGGCACGGGGGGCCUGUGCCCCAGGGCAGAGAGGGGGGGAGCAGGGCGGCCGCCCAAGCCACCUCCUGUCUCACCUGCUACGGCCUCAGUGACAGUCACCAUGGUCACUGAAGAAACGUGCUCAGGUGGCUGCCUUGAGUGGUCGGCAACACACCGUCCAUUUCAUUUUAUAUCAUUUUUUCCCUUUGAUGGACCGUCACCUGUCACUGAAUCAGCAACGCUGCCCCGUGAAAAUGAGGGGAGACGUGACUCUAGGGACAUUUUAUGCGAUGCGCCCGCGUUGCGCAUGUCAUUGAGGAUGUGCG